UUUAUAAAAGUAAUUAAAAAUUUUUUUGUUAAAAUGUCUUUUGAAUUCAAUUACAAAUUUUGGGUGGCUACAAAAAAAGAUUUAAAACAUUUAAUAAGAAGGCAAAAUGUUUUGAAAAAGAAGGAACCCAUUGAAGAUCCUAUAAUAACAUUUCAGAUGUUAUCGCAAAUAUAUAUUCUGUACGUUGAAUUGGUCCAAAAGCUAGGAUAUCUGUAUACAGAGACAGUGCAAGUUCAGAAAAAAAACAUCAUCCAAAAUCUUAUCGAGCCAGCUACACAGCGAUUAUUAGAAUUAAAAUAUUCAUUAAAAAACAUUGAAUUAAGCGAAUACGUAUAUUUGGAUAAAUCAUUGAUAGAACGUAAACUAACUCCUUACGAUCUGCUUAUUUGGCGUUCGCCAAAUUUUAUGUAUAGACGCCCUAUCGAAAUUCGAUCUGCGCUUAAUAAAGGCGAACAAUUUCAUUUGCCGAAAGAGAUUAAAAACUGCAAUAGUAAAGCAGAUAAAGUAGAUGCUAUUAUCAAACUGCAGUCUCACGAAAGAAGCAGACAGGCACGAAUCUAUAAGUGUGCGGUGGAACAUAAUAAGAACAAUAUGAAAAUUAAUAUAGAUAAAAAUAUUGCUUAUUCAUUUAAUCAUAAAAAUGAUCAAUCAUUCUUAAUACCAGUAAAGCGAACAAUUUUUAGUACUAAUUUUAUGAAUUCUGCAGUUAAAUGCCAUAAACUUUUGGAUACCGAAAACUUGGAAGAAUAUCAAAAUGUCGGUGAUUAUUACAUUUCAGAACAAUUGGAAAGAUCUGCUUCAAAAAUUCAAAUGGCAUGGAAAAACUAUAAAGCCAAAAAGAUUUUUAAGAUGAAGCAAAACAUUAAGCAAUCUUUAUAUGGUAUGAGAAAAGGAAAAAAACUUAAUAAUCCGGAAGAACGCGAAUAUAAUGCAUUUAAAAUAUAUCAAAAGGAGUUCCAACAAAACGUUUUGGAUAAAAAAUACGUUCAAUUGAUAACUGAUGAACGCACAAGAUUGUUACAAGAAUAUAAGCCACAAAUAAUGGAAGAUAUAUCCGAUCACAUACGAGAAUGGUUUAAAGAAUUCUAUGAAAAAACUUCGGAUUUUCAUCCAUAUCCGGAUGCAUUAAAGUCCGGAACAAUUUUGGCUUUAAUCGAUGAAACAAUGACUUUGGAAGAAUUUAAAGAGUAUCAGAAAGAACAGAGCUUCUCAAAAGAAGAAAAGAAAAAUUUAAGAGAAAAGCUUAAGCUUCAAAAGCAGAAAGAAAAAGAGAAAAUAAAAAAAGAGAAACUUAAGGAGAUGAAAAGACAAAAGAAAAUGAGAGAUGCGGGAAUUUAUGACAUUGGACAAGAAUUUCAAACAAAUAAGAAUAUUGAAAAAAUCGAAAGCACCUUAUCACAAUUUUCAAUUGAUUGGAAAAAUGUUGACGAAUAUUUAAAUAAAAAACAUGAUGUUAUCAAAGAAUGGAUCACUGAGAAUGAACUUGCUAUUAUUCAUAAAGAGUUGCGAGGUCUCGUUGAUGAAUAUAUGAGAAUCGAAUAUGAGUUACUCAAAAAAGCAUGGUGUUCUGAUAACAAAAAGAAAUAUAAAUCGUCAAUGGCAAAAAAAGUAAAAAAUAUAAAAGAAACCAAAAUCAAGACAUCUAACGAUUUGACAGCCGAUCGUACAAUUGAAUCUUUAUACGAAGAGCUCAAAAAAUUAGAAAUAAUUGAAAACUAUCCAAAAAAAUAUUUUGACAGUUUUUUAGGAGACUUUAACUUGAUGGCGGAUGAUACCAGAAAUGAUAAUCACAUUGUUACACUAGAUCCUGCUAAAGCUGAUAUAAAGAUGGUUAUUCAAGACAACAUGUUUGGAAUGGGAGCAUUGAAUGUGGAUAAACCUAAAACCUUGUGUUUAAUUGGUUCAGACAAUAAUGGAAAACAAUUAUUGUGUAACAUAAUAGCAUCUGAGAUAGGUGCUAUAUUUAUAAAUUUAAGUCCUGAGAAAACUUACCAUUUUAGUGAAAAUCUAAAAUACUUUGUUCAUGUUGUAAUGAAAGUGGCUAAGGCUUUUCAACCAACAAUAAUAUAUAUAAAAGACGUUCACAGAAUAUUUUGGAAAAAAAUUCCAAAAGAUCAAAUAUACAUGAAGCCAACGCUCUUGAAAGUAGCAUUAGUUAAAGAUGUAUUAAAAUCAAUAAGAAAAGAAGAUAAAAUAAUGGUGGUGGGAACUAGUAAUUUACCCUGGAGCGCUAAUGCAUCAUUUAAAAAGGUGUUUCAAAAUAUGCUACUUAUUCCUGAAUCUGAUUAUGGAUCAAUUUUUUUAAUGUGGUUAGAACUUAUAACACAAAAUGUUGCCAGUGAUUAUUUCGAAGAUUGCAUGCUAUCAGUUUUAGCUAAACUAUUUCAGAAAUACAGUUCAGGUGAUAUCACAGAUAGUGUGGAAAAUAUACUAAAAAUUGAAAGACGUAUGCGAUUACAUACUAAUAGGCUGAACCCUAAUGAGUUUUUAGAGUACUUUAUUUCCCGGCCAUAUCCACUAUUUCCUCUUGAAGAAAAGGUAUCUGAAAAAUAUAAGAACUGGUACAGUAAAUCAAGUAAAUUUGGGAACUUAAAAUUAUCACAAGGAAUGAAAAAAAUAACCAAAAAAUAAUAAUAGUUGAUAUUGCCCAGAUCUGUAACUCAAAAAAUACGCAAAUUUUAUGAAUAAAAAUUCCUUUAAUA